UCCAAGCAUCUGAUCUUUGACCAUCCGGUCACAUUAACCAGACAGGAUUAAAACAAAAAGCGAAAAAGUUUCUUGUCAGUAGUUCUCUGCACUUCCGUUGUUUACCUUUUUCUUCUUCCUGUAGAUGCAUUUUGAGGUUGACCGCAAAUGGUCCCUCGUGAUUUAGCGUUAAGUGCUUGGACCAAACACACUCAUACAUAAGGAGAGGACAGACAUAAACCAAUGAAUGAUGGAAGGCAUUUUUUUUUUUUUACCAAUGCUACCUAUCUAGUAGAGCUAAAGCUAGCUAGCAGUGGGUCAUGCAGAAGUGUUGGAGCCAGCUAGCCAUAGUAGCCAGAUCCUUGAUUAUAUGUUUGGGGAUGCAUAUAUCAUGCGCGUUUAAUUGUCCAGUGUUCGGUCCUCCAACCGGUCAUUUAAGGUCGUCAUGAGCACCGUGAAAAUAAUUGCAAUGUCUUCCGCAUUUAAUUUAUGAUUAGCUGUAUAUUUCACAGUUAUCAGAAAAUCUUCAAAUACGUUACGCUUUCCUUUCAAUGAGUAUGAUUGCAUCUGACCUCGCGGGCAUCCUUUUUCAUCCACCUGCCUGUGCUCCACCUUAAAAACUGAUGUCAUUGCUCGUGCAGUUUGCAUUUACGUCAACAACAUCGGCCACUGAACAGAGGCUUUCUUCGUUUUCCGUAUGCUUCACACAAAUGGGUACCAAGAUUAACAAACGGGAUUUACCAGCCGGGAAUAUUACAAAGAAUAUGUUUGGACGCAGACACUAACUGCCUUCUAUUUCGAUAUAAACGGGGACAGGAAAAAGACCGAGCGACCCGGCAAUAUAUCACCGUCCCCCAGUGAGUGGCCCAGGCAGGCAGCAGUGUCUCCCCAGCGAGGAGCCACCAUGGAGGGGGGGGGCAUGCAGCUGGUGAACCGCGACGGCCACAGCAUCUCCCACAACUCCAAGCGGCACUACCACGACUCCUUCCUGUCUAUGAACAGGAUGCGCCAGCGCAGCCUCCUGUGUGACAUCGUGCUGCACGUCUCCAACAAGGAGAUCAAGGCUCACAAGGUGGUCCUGGCCUCCUGUAGUCCCUACUUCCACGCCAUGUUCACUAGUAGGUGUCCUGACGCCGAGCCUGUCAUGUCUGAGUAUGAGAUGUCGGAGAGCAGGCAGACCCACGUGACUCUGCACGACAUCGACCCCCAGGCCCUGGAGCAGCUGGUGCAGUACGCCUACACAGCGGAGAUCGUGGUGGGGGAGGGCAACGUGCAGACCCUGCUCCCUGCAGCCAGUCUGCUGCAGCUGAACGGGGUUCGGGACGCCUGCUGCAAGUUCCUGCUGAGCCAGCUGGACCCGUCUAACUGCCUGGGCAUCCGAGGCUUCGCAGACACGCACUCCUGCAGUGACCUGCUCAAGUCCGCCCACAAGUACGUCCUGCAGCACUUCGUAGAGGUGGCCAAGACAGAGGAGUUCAUGCUGCUGCCACUGAAGCAGGUCCUGGACCUGGUCUCCAGUGACAGUCUGAACGUGCCAUCAGAGGAGGAGGUGUACCGAGCCGUGCUGUGCUGGGUCAAACACGACACGGACGCUCGCCGCCAACACGUUCCCUGGCUGAUGAAGUGUGUGCGUCUGCCCCUGCUGCGGCGGGACUUCCUGAUGAGCAGCGUGGACACGGAGCAGCUGGUGCGUCAUCACUCGGAGUGUAAGGACCUGCUGAUCGAGGCGCUCAAGUUCCACCUGAUGCCGGAGCAGCGCGGCGUGCUGGCCAGCAGCCGCACGCGCCCACGCCGCUGUGAGGGAGCCAGCCCCGUGCUCUUCGCCGUCGGCGGAGGCAGCCUGUUUGCGAUCCACGGUGACUGCGAGGCGUAUGACGCCCGCACUGACCGCUGGCACAUGGUGGCUUCGAUGUCCACACGCAGGGCCAGAGUCGGCGUGGCUGCCAUCGGCAACAAGCUGUACGCCGUGGGAGGGUAUGAUGGCACCUCCGACCUUGCAACCGUGGAGUCCUAUGACCCCGUCACCAACACCUGGCAACCGGAGGUCUCCAUGGGAACCAGGCGGAGCUGUCUGGGCGUGGCUGUGCUGCACGGGCUCCUGUACGCCGCCGGCGGUUACGACGGAGCUUCCUGUCUCAACAGUGCGGAGCGGUAUGACCCCCUGACCAGCACCUGGACCUCCAUCGCUGCCAUGAGCACCCGCAGGAGAUACGUCCGUGUGGCUACACUCGAUAGCAGUCUGUACGCUGUUGGAGGCUACGACAGCUCGUCCCACUUGGCGACCGUGGAGAAAUACGACCCACAGAGCAACGCCUGGACGGCCAUCGCCAACAUGCUGAGUCGCCGUAGCAGCGCUGGCGUUGCCGUGCUCGAAGGCCUGCUGUACGUCGCUGGGGGCAACGACGGAACCAGCUGUCUGAACUCCGUGGAGCGCUACAACCCCAAGAACAACGUGUGGGAAGCCGUGGCCCCCAUGAACAUACGCAGGAGUACCCACGACCUGGUUGCCAUGGACGGCUGGCUGUACGCGGUGGGCGGCAACGACGGCAGCUCCAGCCUCAACUCCAUUGAGAAGUACAAUCCCCGUAGCAACAAGUGGGUGUCGGCGUCCUGCAUGUUCACACGCCGCAGCAGCGUGGGCGUGUCCGUGCUGGAGCUGCUAAACUUCCCCCCCCCCUCCUCGCCCACGCUGUCCGUGUCCUCCACCAGCCUCUGACACGCGGCGGGAGCACGGCUAGCUAGCGCUGACUCUGGCCACGCCCCCCGGCCCGGCCACGCCCCCCGCCCGGCCUGGGGCUCUGCCCCUGCACAGGCCAGGUCUGGGAAAAGACGCAACUGCUCUGUGUGAGAGGGGGGGGGGGAGAGGAGGGAGGAAAGUUAGAGAGAGAGGGGAUGGAGAG